AUGAAUGAUCUUGGUGCCCAUUCGGAACUUAUUGAGAACAGAGUUGCAGUUGCAAAGCUUUUUAAUUUUGUGAGAUCUAAUGAAACUUUUGAUUUUAACAAGGAUGAUAUUAGGCAUAGCCUUUUUGGACUUAAUUUUUAUCUAAUCAGUCUCUCGAAACAACUUGAAUCUAUUUAUGAUAAUGGAAACAUGUUUUUCCUUAAUCAUGAAAUAUAUAUUUCAGAAUGGGAGAAACUGGCAAGGAAUAAUCAGUAUAAUUCUAACUUGUUUCAGCAUUUGAACAAUCAAUCAAAUGUAUUCUUGGAUACAAUCAUUCAAACACUUAGUCUAGUAAAUUUCACCGUGAAUUAUUUACCAUCCAUAAAUAAUGAGGAUGUUAUUUCAUGGUGUGACCCAUUAUUUAUAGUGCAAUGCAAUUAUGAAUUUUCACGAAUAGAAAAAAUUUCUGUAUUUCUCAAGAACAGUCAACUUAAUUUGCUUGGAAGCUUUCUGAAUAUCCAGAAUUAUAUUACCUAUUUGGAUCAGAUUACAACUGCUAUAAAUAAAAACAAACCAAGAGUAACAACCAGUGGUCAAACCGUCAAAAAUUUAAAUUAUGCAGUUAAUAAAAUUAAGGCAGUACAUAUGAAAUUUUUAAAUAAUCAGGAUGUCACUCAAAGGUUAUACAAAUCAAAUGACAACGAUGUUGCAAACAACAGUAAUGCUGCUGACAACCAAACUAUAGUAAAUGAUAUCAUGUCCAAAAUAUACAAGAGUAACCUUAUUGGGAAAUCAGAAUGUCAAGAGUUCGAAACUCGUUUUUCCACUUUACCCGUUAUUAAUGGUGUAUAUAACAUAAGACAUCCACAAUUUUUAAGAAAUAUUAGAAUAAAUGUUGGUAAUUAUAUUGAAUCUCUUACUUUUGAAUGGUCAGAUAACGUAUCAUUUAAAUAUGGUGGAAAUGAUGGCGAUUUAAAAGAUUUUCACUUGGUUGAAGGUGAAAUUAUAACAUGGGUUAAUAUAUAUGUGUGCCAUAACUUGUUCUAUGACAAUGUCCCUUGUGGCCUUGAAAUUCGUACAAAUAAGUGGAAGACCUCAGGUCGCUUAGGCAAUGUGAAAGGUCCUUAUAGAACAUCUGUUCUAGAAGCACCAAAUGGAUAUGUGAUUACUGGUCUUUAUGGAAGUUUUGACAAAUUUUCAAAAAAAAUUACAAUGGGUGAUAAUUUAUUGAUUGCAAAUUUAUUCUCUAUAAAGGAUAAAACAGCAUUGAUUACAGGUGGCGGCACAGGAAUUGGCAAAAUGAUCGCGAAAGCAUUUGUUAAAAAUGGUGUUAAAGUUUAUAUCGCAUCAAGGAAUAAAAAAAAUCUUGAAGAAACUGCCGAAGAGUUAACGAAAAUGGGACCUGGAGUAUGUUACGGCAUCGAAGCGAAUUUAAAUUCUAAAGAAUCUUGUGAAAAACUUGCUGCAGAGUUUGAGAAAUUAGGAAAUGAAAAACUUGAUAUACUUGUGAAUAAUGCUGGCGUGGUAGGCUAUAAUGCUGCUUUGACAGAUUUUCCUGAAGAAGCAUGGGAUGAUAUGUAUAAUCUACAUGUUAAAUGUGUUUUUUAUUUGACAAUUGCGGCUAGUAAUAAGCAAACUGAUCCAUCAAGAGUGAUUAUAACCGGAAGCAUUCUUGGUAUUGGCAAUGGUGAGCUCAAGUUUUUACAAAGCCGUGGAGGAUGCGCCUUGCCUUAUUCCUCUUCUAAACAUGCUGUACAUAGUGUUGCAAAAAAUUUGGCUGUUCAUCUUACCCCACGAGGAGUAAAUGUUAAUAUUCUUGCACCGGGUGUUAUUCCUGUAAACGAUGUAUUUUUUAAACACAUGGACGCUAUUGUCACUGAUAUUCCUCAAGAGGAUAUUGCUGGUGCAGCAAUAUACUUAUCCUCACGUGCUAGUGGUUGGGUAACUGGUACAGAGAUUGUAGUUGAUGGCGGAACUCUUUUAAGCUUUAAAUUAUCAAAUGCGUAG